GAAGGGAUAAAGCCAAAGUUGAAAGAAAGAAAGAAGAAAAAGAGAGGAGAGAGAGAGAGAGGUGUCUUUCUCAUACACAGAUCCCUAAAUGAAGUUUUAUGCAGCAGCAAGAAGGUUACCCCUCCUUCUCCAGCACAUAUUUGUUUGCUAGAACUCCUCAUUCUUUUUGUUCAUUUCAUUUUAAACUUUAAAAGUCCUUUUCUUUUCUCUUCCUCUCUUUCUCUCUCUUAAUCUUUCUCUUUCUCUUUCUCUAGGGAUUAUCCAUUGGUUUUUACUAGUAUUUUUUUUUGGGUUUUAGUUCAUCUUCAACAAACAACAAAAUCCAAGAAAAACGGAAAUCAUUAGUUUAUAUUUGGUCAAUGAUUGAGUGUGUUUUCUUACACUAAGAAAAAAAAAAAACUUGAUAUUUUAGAGUUGCUAAAAAAUCAUGAAGUCAAUGAACAAUGAUAAUGAUGGUAUUAGCAACAACAACAAUGGUUGGUUGCUAGGUUUCUCACUUUCACCUCAAAUCAACAACUUGAAUCAACAACAACAUCAACAACAUCAGCAACAACAACAACAACAUCAGCAACAUCAACAACAUGUUUCUCAAGAAUCACACCAUCAUCAAACUCCAACUACCACUUCUUCAGUUUCCACUUCACUAGCAACCUUAAACAGUUUCUUCCCUUCUCAUCAUAAUUUUCAUCAACAAAACAACAACAACAACAACAACAUCAUUUACAAUCAUUAUUAUGGAGGUUCAGCAACUACUUCAGUUGAAGAAACUGAAGUUGUUCAUAAUCAUGAGAGUAAUCAUAAUUCCUCCUUUUUAUACUCUCAUCCUUUCUCUCUUAUGCCUCUAAAAUCUGAUGGUUCUCUCUGUCUCCCUCAAGGAAUGGUACAAGCAAUUGGGAGUUGUUCCACUACAACAAGCACUACAACAUCAAGUGCAACACCAAAGUUAGAAGACUUCUUUGGAGAUGAUAAUCAUCAACAUCAACAUCAUCAUCACUAUAAUCAUCACCAUGAUCAUCAUCAACCACAACAACAACAACAUGAAGUAGUGCAUGUACAACAAUACCCAUUUUACCCUCAACUAUAUGCAGGUGCACUACAAGGUAAAGAAGACCAAGUAAUAGGAGAUCAUCAUCAACUCUCAUCAACAAUGAAUGAGACAGAUAUAUCAGCAGGUUUAAGAAAUUGGGUACAAAGAAGCUACAUUGGUUGCAUUGGAAGUGAUAAUGGUGAUCAAAUCAACGGUGGAGAUCAAUCAGGUGUAACAAUGAAUACUGGUGGUGGGUCCAUAGGAUAUGCUGAUUUACAAUCUUUAAGCUUAUCAAUGAGUCCUGGGUCCCAGUCUAGCUGUGUGACUGCUUCACACCAGAUUACUCCCUCUUCUAAUACUACUGUCAUUGGAAGUGAGUCUUUAGGGAUAAUGGAGAGUAGUAGAAAAAGAGGUGGUGAAAGAAUGGACCAAACUACUAAACCAAUUGUUCAUAGGAAAUCUUUGGAUACUUUUGGACAAAGAACUUCUCAAUAUAGAGGUGUUACUAGGCAUAGAUGGACAGGAAGAUAUGAAGCUCACUUGUGGGACAACAGUUGCAAGAAAGAAGGCCAAAGUAGAAAAGGGAGACAAGUUUAUCUAGGAGGAUAUGAUACAGAAGAGAAGGCAGCAAGAGCAUAUGAUAUGGCUGCACUCAAGUAUUGGGGACCCUCAACUCAUAUCAAUUUUCCAUUGGAAAACUACCAACAACAGCUUGAAGAUAUGAAAAACAUGACUAGACAAGAAUUUGUUGCUCACUUAAGAAGGAAAAGCAGUGGUUUCUCAAGAGGUGCAUCAAUCUAUAGAGGUGUUACAAGGCACCAUCAACAUGGAAGAUGGCAAGCUCGAAUCGGGCGAGUUGCAGGGAACAAAGAUCUCUAUCUGGGCACAUUCAGCACUCAAGAGGAAGCAGCCGAGGCUUAUGACAUAGCAGCAAUUAAAUUCAGAGGGGUGAAUGCAGUGACAAACUUUGACAUAGUUAGAUACGACGUAGACCGUAUCAUGGCUAGUAGCACCCUACUGGCCAGCGAGCUUGCUAGACGAACAAAGGCACUACCACCACCGCCACCACCACCGCCACAACUACCGGCAAAGAACGACGAGGAGCAAGAAAAACCCGACUGGAAAAUCGUCCUCUACCACUCAUCUCAGCAGGAUCAGAUUGAUCAAGCCUCAAUGGGAAUGGACUUAGCCCAAAACCAUGACACCACAAUGUUGGGCUCCACGGCCCAUCAAGAGAUAGGUGGGGCCCAUUUUUCUAACACAUCAUCAUUGGUUACUAGCUUAAGCAGCUCAAGAGAAGAUAGCCCUGAGAAAAACAACACUACUACUAAUAGCAGCUUACCUUUAUCUUUCACAAUGCCACCUUCAGCAACUAAAUUAUUUGCUAAUCCUUCACCAAAUAUUGGUACUUGGAUUAAUCAACCUGUUGAGCUUAGGACUCCUUCUAUUUCACUCCCACAAAUGCCAGUUUUUGCUGCUUGGGCUGAUUUGCAUUAAGUUCGUGUAAUUUCUAACCAGUGUUACCUACUUCGCUACAAUUUCAAACGCGCAAAAUGGUACAGUAUCUUGUAUGUGUUUUGUACCUGUGCGCGCACCUAGGUAACGUUGUUGUUUUUGAGUAUUAGAUUUGCUUAUUUGGGGUAGUAUAAUUAGCGAGUAAUUAAGGCGAAGGUGGGUUAAUUAUUUCAUGGUUUUCUUUGUUUAAGUUAAUUACCGUGGAUGUACGCUUAAUCUUAUCUUAUUGAAUCUUUUGAUCAAAACUGAAAGUAAACAGUAAGAAAAGAAAAAAAAAAUAGCUCUUUUUAGCCUUUACAAGGUGAUCAUUUAAAUUCCAUGCAAUGAUUUUGGACAA